UUAUAUUUGAGUGAUGAGAAACGUUUGCGCAAAAGCAAUUUCAAUUUCAAUUAUCCUUUGGCAAUUUAUUUGCAUGGCUUCUCUGAAUCAGCGACGGGUGAAAAACAGAGUAGUCAGGAGGUUAAAGAUGCAUUUUUAAAAGGCGGAAAUUACAAUGUCAUACUCAUCGAUUGGAGUCCAAUGACUGCGGUGCCCUGGUAUACCAAUGCAGUUGAUAAUUUGCCCGUGGCAGCCAGAUACGUAGCAAGAUUUAUACGUUUCCUUUUACAGCAGGGCUAUCAACUGCAAAAGAUUCAUUUGAUAGGUUUUAGCUUGGGAGCAGAGGUGUCCGGUUUUAUAGGUAAACAACUGCAGGAAUGGGGUAUAUAUUUACCCAGAAUAACAGGUCUUGAUCCUGCUUUGCCUUUAUUCGAAGAUGGCAGCUCGAAUCGCCGUUUGAGUCCCAAAGAUGCUCAAUUUGUGGAUAUUAUACACACAGAUGGUGGUAUUCUGGGUAAUCCUGAAGCUAUGGGUCAUGCUGAUUUCUAUCCUAAUGGUGGGCAUGCUUUACAGCCUGGUUGUGCCCGGCAGGAAAUUGCCAAUAAUCGUUGGUUGGGCAUAAUAAGCUGCAGCCAUCAACGUGCCUGGGAAUAUUUUAUUGAAUCUAUACGCCGUCCUUAUGCCUUUCCAGCCAACAGAUGUGAGCCUUCAAAAUUAUUUGGCACUUGUCGUGAUGGCAAUGGCAAAGCAUUCAUGGGUAUGGGAGCUGACAAAAGGUGA